UUCUAAAUGACACUUUCCUGGACAAUACGUGUGCACGUGUGUGUUUUAUUGUGACAUGACUCACGUGACCGGUCGAGCCGUGAGAUGUCGCGAGACUUGACGCAGUUUGGCGCCCAAACAAUCAUCUGACUGACGACGCUCUCCUCUUUUGGCGAUGGAGGUGUCGGCUCACAGCCUCUUCCUGCUGCAGCAGCUCAACGUGCAGAGAGAGUUUGGCUUCCUGUGUGACUGCACCGUCGCCAUCGGAAACGUUUACUUCAAGGCCCACCGUGCUGUCCUGGCCGCCUUCUCCAACUACUUCAAGAUGAUCUUCAUCCACCAGAGCAGCGAGUGCAUCAAGAUCCAGCCUACCGACAUCCAACCCGACGUGUUCAGCUACCUGCUACACGUCAUGUACACGGGUUCGUGUCCCAAGCAGGCGGUGGAGCAGACGCGUCUGGAGGACGGCAUCAAGUUCCUCCACGCCCACCAGCUGUGUCGCAAGAGCGGCGAGUGUGCAGCGGAUCCUGCGGUAGACACGGUCCGCAUGUCCAACCUGUACGGCAUCCAGAUCUCGUCCCAGCUGGCAAACAAGGAGGCGCCCGUGCUCUCUAAGACCGUUGCGGGAGAGGGGGGUGCAGCGGGCGGGCUGUCGCUGACCGUGGGUCUGGAAGGUGUCCAAUCAGACGGCCAGGCCUCUUCGCUGCGGGACGUCCGCUCCGUGGCAUCCGGCGAUGACUUAGACGUCACGGCUGCCAUCAAGCAGGAGCAUCCGGAUGAUGAGGGCGGAGAUAUAGGCCGGGGGGCGUGGUCUCCACCCCAGGACGGGGGCCUCGGUCAGAGCGCCGCAUUCAAAGAGAGGUCGGCGGUCCUCGUGUGUCCUCGCUGUGGCCAGCGCUGCUCCUCCCCCGAGGGCCUACGGGAGCACCUGUUUAGCCACACCCUCGACCCCGCCAUCUUCACGGAGGGGCUGACGCACGGCAGCGACAACGCAGAUGCCGAACGUCUGGAUGCCGGCUGCCUGGAGGAGGCGCUGCGGCAGAGCCGGGCGCUCGCCACUCAGCUGGCCGCAGAGCUCAGGAGAAGCCGGGCAGGAAUGGAGGGGGCAGGGCCGCUCAGUCCCGCCCCUUCCUCUGCGCACUCUCGUAAGCGAAGGAUUACGUGCGCCGUGUGCGGCGUGCGCUUCUCUCACAAGAGCCAGCUCCAGGAGCACAUGUACGCGCAUACUGCCAAGCCCGCACGCCACCAUCGCCACAGCCGCCUCUGCGGCCAGAUCUUCCACAGCUCCACCCACCUCUGUGAGGGCGUCGGGGAGCCCGGCGCAGGGGGCGGUGGUUCGGCCGGCGCAUUGCCCGAGGAGGCGAACAGAGAAGCGCAGGACAACGGCAGCUCGUGUUACUCGCUCGACUCCGAGAUCUCGCAGGAGAGCGCCGAUGGCGGGCAGGGUGAGUGAUGACAUCACUUCCUGUUGAUGCGGUCCAAUCACAUAACAGGACAAUGACUUUAAUUUAUUGACACGUUUGUUGAUGUGAAGUUGAUCUUUGUUUUUAAACUAAAAUCUUUGCUCAAACAAGCUGGCUUGUCUUUCUCUUUUUAUUUCGACGGCGGUUUCAUUCUUGAUCAUGUGACUGGUCACAGCCAUCAUUGUCAUGGUGACAAAAGUUGACGGCAUCAUUGCAAAAUCAGACGAUACAAAAUGCACGAAAAAAUCCUUU